AUGAAUCGUGGUCUAGUGGUGCUGGUAGUGCUUAAAUUGCUGUCUCUGAGUGAGUCUCGCUUCGCUAAGGUUAAUAUAAACCUGGGUUUGACGGUGGCCGACGAUUCCCCAAAACCCAUUACGGAGAACAUGAUCCGCUUGUGCGGCGAUCAAACCGAUAUAUCUCUACGAGACUUGCACAAACUGCAGCAACAGGACUUUACUGAUCCUUCGGAAUCCGUCCAGUGCUUCACUCAUUGUCUCUAUGAGAAAAUGGGUCUCAUGCACGAUGGUGUCUUCGUGGAAAGGGACUUCUUUGGGCUGCUCUCCGAUGCCACUAAUCCGGACCUGUGGCUUGAACGUCAGUGUCACAUGAUCCGUGGGGAAAAUAAGUGUGAGACUGCCUUUAAGAUCCACCAGUGCAGGCAGAAGUUAAAGAAGGAGCAGCAGCAGCAGGAAAACUCCUCCUCUUUGGCCAAGGAUGUGGAGGUUACUACUCAGAUUCAGACAGAGGAUGCUUUGCCUUAG